AUGUCGGGGAUGCAAGGGAGCUUCGCUUUCCGCAACAUGGGCGGGAUGCAGGGCAACCAAGGGGGCGAAGGAGGCCAAGGCAUGUUCAUCAGCAACAGCGGCAGCAUGAUGCUUGGUGGAGGCGGUGGAGGCAAUGGCGGCCUGCCUGGCGGCCAGCCUGGAUCUGGUGGGCUUGGUGUUGGCGUCGGUGCCGGCAACAAUGGCCAAGGGAACGGCGCCAACGGCGUUCCCGCUCAGGAAACGGGCAACUCGGUCGCUCCGGCAGAGUAUACGCUUCCUGGCAUCCUACACUUCCUUCAGAGCGAAUGGCGAAGGUACGAGCGCGAUCGCAACGAGUGGGAGAUUGAGCGCGCCGAGAUGAGGGCCCGGAUCGCUCUGCUCGAAGGCGAGAGGCGGGGCGUCGAGAACCUCAAGACUGACUUGAUGCGUCGAGUCAAGAUGCUCGAGUAUGCCCUCAGACAGGAGCGCUCAAAGUACCUUUCGUCGAGCUCGGCCAGCGCAUCGACUUCUCAGCCUGCGGUCGCCAAGAACCCUUUGCUCCAGGGCCUCGAGAAGUCGACCUCUGCCAGCGGACGAAGCUCGCCGGCGAGGAGCGAGGACAUGCCAGGCCCCAUGGACGGCGGCACCCUCCAUCUCGCGAGGGGCACCGGUACCCUGUCGUCCCUCUCCUACAACCCCAGCACCAUCGGAGCCGGCACCAUCAACGGCAGCACCUUCGGCAGCACAGGUACCGGCACCAUCGGCGGAUCCAACCUGGCGGCUCAGCUUUCGCGCGCUUCUUCCGGAGCCAAGUUCCCGCAGUCCCGCGCCAAGAGCCGCGACUACCUCAAACAAUGCCUGCAGGAGAUCUCGUACCUGACGAGCGCAAGCACGCUCAAUCCGCUGCCGGACCGCGGCGUCGCAGCCUCUGCCAAUGCGGCUGGCGGGGCCCAGGCGCAGGGCACACAGCAGCCCCGACCUCGCAUGACGAUGCUCGAGAACGUACCAGCCACCGCGCCUGCAUACCAGGAGGUGCAGGACAGGCCGGCGAGCGGCUCGCCGCGUCGUGGCGCUGGAACGGGAGCGGCAUCUGGCGGCAUGGGCACCCAGAAGGGCGGCAAGAUCGGGCGUUCCCCGCUCUACGCGUCCGAGCCGGUGCCUGAAGAGUCGGCCGAGGACGAGACGGCUGACGAAGCUGGCGGAGAGGCAGAGUCGUCCAAGAACGAUGUGGACCCGCUUGGCGCCGUCUCGGGUGGCAGUAUCGUAGCCCGCGACGCCUUGACCGACGAAGCUGGCUCGGCACGCGGCGAUGCGACAGAUGCCGCUGCAGAGGGCUCGACCGCGCACAACAGCGAUGACUCCCAGCAGGCUCCUGAUUCGGGCUCCGGUGAACACGACGAGACCGCCAUGUCAAGUUCGUCGUCUCAGGGCUCCGACUCGUCCGACUCUGCCGGCUCCUAUCAGUCAUGCGGAUCUCGGGGGUCUUCGAACGACAGCAUGACGGAUCCCGAGCGAGACGACGACGGCGAGCAGGUCACGGCCAUCUUCAAGCCCGGCGGACGCGAUUGGGAGAAGCUCAAGGAGGCCGGACUGAGGGGCCGGGAGAGGCGGGAAGAGGAGCGAAAGAGGCAGCAGCAGUCCGACGAUUCUGCCAUCGUCUCGGAGGCGCAAGCUCAACUCGCCCUCACCACCGAGCGCGUCAACCAGCUCAUGAGCCGCAGCGGGCGCAACGUCGGUGCCACCGCCGACAAGCACGAGGAGGACGAGCUGGCCAACCUCAGCUUCAACCCCGAGGACGAAGAGGCGGCCAAGGCUGCUGCUGCCGACGCUGCUGCCGACAGCCAGAUGUGGAAGUCAAAGAAGGUCCUCCGCAGCCACCUGGACGCCGUCCGUGCGGUGGCCUUCGACCAGUCCAACCUCAGCCUGAUCUCGGCGUCGGAUGACAACACCAUCAAGUUCUGGAAGCUCGACCCUCAGAGCAUCAACCAGCCCAGCGGCAAGGCGGGCGCGGACAGUGAUCCGCUCGUGACUUUCCGUGGCCACUCGGCCGCCGUCACCUGCCUCGCCGUGUCCCACCAUCAGCGACGCAUCUACAGCGGCAGCAUUGACUCGUCUGUCCGCGUCUGGCAGCUGCCAGACAGCAACGUCGAGGCCUACCCGCCGUAUGACAAGUCGGUCGAGCUGGGCUGUCUCGUGGGCCACACUCAGCCGGUGUGGGACCUUGCGCUGCUGCCGGACAAGUCAGACGACGAGGCCUACCUUGCCACCGCCUCGGCCGACGGCACCAUCAAGAUCUGGGCGACUCAGCAAACCGACAGCGGUAGGGCGCCUGCCGAGCUGCGUCUCAGCUGGGACUACUUUGGCGUGGACCCGCCGAGCGACGUCAGCAAGGAGCGCGAGAACCUCGAAAAGACGGGCGGGCUGCCGGUGCCGACCUCGGUCGACAUGUGCCGCUCGGACCUGCGGCUGUGCGCCGUUGCCUAUUCGAACUCGGUCGUCAAGCUGUUCGAGGUCGAGACGGGCAAGCAGGUGCGGCAGCUCAAGAGCGACCAGACCUACGACAACACGCUCAGCACGCAGAUCAACAAGCUGGUCACACACCCGACGCUGCCGCUCGUCAUUACGGCGCACGAGGACCGCUACAUCCGCAUGUUUGAUCUCGAUUCGAGCGAGUGCACCCUCUCGAUGAUUGCCCACCUGGAUGCCGUCACCUCGCUCGACAUUGACGCCUCGGGCCUGACGCUGGUAUCGGGCGGGCACGACUGCAGCGUGCGCUUCUGGGACAUCGCCGGCGGCUCUCUGUCUCCGCGCGAGGGCCCCAAUAGCAGCGGCAGCGGCGCUGCUCCCGCGACCGGGUCUGCCGACGAGGUUGUCUCGAACGGUACCACGGCCGUCUGCCGGCAGGAGAUUACCUCGCACCGUCGCAAGGCGGCCGAAGGCGUGCUGGCCGUCAAGUACCACCCGACGGCGCCCUACUUUGCAUCGGCCGGCGCCGACGGCGUCAUCCGCAUCUACGGAUAG